GCUCAAGCCCGUGGCAUGAGUGCUGAACGUUCAGCUGUGCCAUGGUCCGCCGCGCCUGCCCGCCAACAUGCCUCAUCUCGCUAGCCCUGCUUACUCGAAGAACACAUGGGCAUACACGUAGCCUUUUGGAGGUCCACGCGGGUUUGUUGGAUCGGCGUUGGAUCCCCCUUCCUGUCCUUCCACUGCUUAACUCGGGGCCGAUGCAGCUGCGCGGCUGAGCAGUUCCCAUGGAGGCGGCGGCCCCCGUGGCCGAGCGAAGCCUCGUGUCGUCCAGCCUCCACCGGGAGGACGUCCUCGUCGGUGGCCACGCCGCCGUCUGGGGAUCCUUCUUCGACCCGGAGGCGCGCCGCUGGGGCUUCGCGUGCUGCAGGGGCACGGCGCGGCUGGAGCCGUGCCCGGAGGCCAAGGCGGCGGCCAGGCCGAAGAGGAAGGCGGAGGAGGAGGAGGAGGAGGAGGACCCGAAGGCCAAGGCUGCCAGGAGCGCCUUCUGGUCCAGCAGGCUGCUGGACGGGGAGCCGCCCGACUCGCCGCCAGGGGCGCGGGAGGAGUCCGACUGCGCGGAGGACUUCCUCGCGGCCUUCGUGCUGUACUGGUUCCACGCCUGGGCCAGCGGCUCGGGCGCCGAGGCGAGGCCAGACGCCAGGGCCGUGCAGCAGACGAAGGAAGCGCUGCUCCCCCUGCUGCAGCAGCUGAAGGCCAGGACGCUGCCGCAGCCUCUCCUGCGCCAGCUGGCAGACUUCGCGGAGCUGGCGGGGCAGCGCGAGUAUUCUCAGGCGAACGACGUCUACGUGGCCAUCACGAUCGGGAAGGCCCUCUGGCACACCCACCUCGACCUGGGCCAGCAGAGGGCCCACUGGGGCGGCGGCUCGUCGCUGCGCACGAUGCAGAAGCAGAUAGUCGAGAAGGACCACAAGAACGCCACCGCAUUCGACACGGAUCCCGCCGUGCAGCGGUACGUGCACGCGCUGAAGCGGCUAGCGACCCACAUCGGGGGCGUUGCGCCCAGCGACUGCCCCUCGAAGCAGGGGCACGUGCCGGCCCCCGCGGCGCUGCCCUCGGAGGUGGGCCUGCCGGUGCGGCGGAGCAUCCGCGACUCCGACGGCCAGGGCAGGGUCCCGGAGUUCGUGGAGCCGUGCGACAUGCCCGCCUUCGCCCGGGACAACGCCCGCCGGCUGCAGUUCGCGGUGGACCAGGGGGGCCACUCGCACCCGUUCCAGGGCAUCGGGAGUGCCCGGGGCGUGUAGCUCCUUCCCCUCCCUCGGGUCGGACAAUGACCAAGAGCGGUGCAAGCAUGCACCUUUUGAGGUACACGCGGAUGUCUUACGUCGGCGUCGUGCCCCCCCUGGCGACGCAUCUGGUGCCGCCCCUGGCGCGCGCCGCGCGCAAAGUAGGCCGCGCCGAUCCAAGACAGAAUCCGCGCCGAACUCUGACAGUUUAGACUGUGCAGCUGGCUGUUCGUCUACCCUCCCAUCCUCCUCCCUCCUUCCAGGCAGCGCCGAAGGGGGUCACGACCGGAGGGG